AUGGCUUGUCUGCCCGGCAACAAAGCCUCGCUGAUAAAGACGGAACCCGGAGUAGCGUACGAGCCAGACCUUCGGAGCCUUUUCGAGGACCAGGUCCGUACGAAUCCUACAGCGACCGCAAUCAAAAGCAAUGGGCAUGCGCUAUCAUACAUCGAACUGCACACGAAAGCGUCAUCUCUCUCCUGCCAAAUCCAGACCCUGGCGCUCCGGGGCAGUGCCCCCAUCGGGAUCCUAAUCCUCAGAGGAAUCAACCAUAUCCUAGCCCAGUUGGCCAUUGUAUACGCGGGACGAGCCUGUGUGCCCCUCGACACCAAGCUAUCCGAUGAUUCGCUGAAGAGCAUGCUUGACAACCUCCACGCCAGCUUCAUCCUUGCAGACCAGGGAAACGCACAUCGGCUGGGAGACGUUGCCCACCUCGUCGUCGACCAUACCCAUACAGGGCACGUAGAAUCCAGCUCGAGUUCCCUAGCACCGACGAGCAGCUGCUCGCAUAUCUUCCAUACAUCCGGCACAUCUGGUCGCCCCAAGGCCGUGCCGCUGCCCGCCACCGGCCUCAUCAACCUCUGCCGCGAGCCCGAUGCGAACUGGAUCAAACGCGGGCAACGAGUCGGCCACGCAGCCAGCGUCGUCUUUGACAUCUCUCUGGUCGAGAUAUGGGGAAGCCUACUAAACGGUGGGACGAUCGUCGUGAUCCCCAUGGAAACCGCCCUCGACCCUCUGGAGCUCUCCAAUUUCAUUCAAACGCAACGCCUCGACGUUCUCCAGCUCACGACCUCUUUACUCGACGUGACAACCUACGCUUUCCCGGGGGCGUUUGCGACGCUUGAUACGUUAAUUACGGGCGGCGAGGCGAUCAAUUGCCAGAGUAUCCGGUCGAUUUUCAGCAGUCAUGGUGCGCCACGGCGUAUCAUUAAUGGGUAUGGGCCGACGGAGUGUAGCGUGUACUGUCUGUGGCAUUGUGUCUCGCGUCGAGAGGCAAAUCAGGGGCUGAUCCCUGUGGGGAAGCCGUUUCGGAAUGUAGAGACUUUCCUGGUCGAUGAAGCCCUGAUUCCUGUGGGGGUUGGUGAGGUGGGCGAGCUUGUUGUCUCUGGCGCAGGCGUCGCGAGCGGAUACAGCGGGGAGAGUAAAAGGACGGACAGCAGUUUCAUUACCUACACUUGCUGCAAUGGAUUUCCUAAGAUGGCGACAAGACACGUGUACCGGACGGGCGAUCUGAUGCGCAAGGAUGAGUGUGGAUUGCACUACUAUGUCGGGCGCAAGGAUAACCAAGUCAAGAUCAGCGGGCAGAGGGUUGAGCUGGAGAUGAUAGAGUCAAUUCUACAGGAGACGGACCUUGUUAGUACGGCGACGGUCAUCAAGAUCACGCCUCAAGAGCUCGGACGGAGUGCGUUUCUGGUUGCAUUCUGUGUCCCGAAGUCCUCUAGUGUCACGGCGGCAGCGAUACUCGAAGACUAUGUCGGACGGAGUCCGCGGCUUGUGGUGCCGCGCUUCAAGCUCACCGAGGCAUUGCCCCUGAGAGCCAACGGCAAGGUAGACCGUGGCCAGUUACAGCGCCAAUAUACUCAAGAAACAGAGUCAUCUCAUGUCGGGGGCAGGCAGGGCGGCAGUCUGGCGGCGGAGUUGCGAUAUCUCUGGCUCGACGUCUUGGGCAUACCAGACCAGGAUCUCCAGCCGACGGACGACUUUAUUGCGAUGGGUGGGAACUCUUUGAUGGUUGCUAGUCUGAUUGCGAGAAUCAAUCAUUCUUUUGGUAUCUCCUUGCGCGCCUCGACACUCUACGACAAGAUGACCCUGCAAGGUCUCACGCAGCUGUUGACGACGCUGCAUCGAGACGGCCCAAGGGGGCUUCCUGUUGACGCAAAUGAGGAAAAUGCAUGGCUGCGAGACUCGCACUUGGGAGACCACUUGCAGCCUUCGCGCGAGGGCCCAGUAGUAACAGACUGGACGAUCCCAUCAGAGGCCAAGGUCUUUCUCACUGGAGCCACUGGCUUCGUCGGGGCCUUCUUCCUGGCAGCGCUACUUCAAAAGCCGUUUGUCAAGCAGGUCUCUUGCCUUGUGCGAGCGCACGAUGCAGCCCAUGGGCGUCUACGCCUGCAGAAAACCCUCCUCAGAUACCACCUCUGCCCAUCCAACCUGGACCUGGAUCGGCUCACUGUCGUCCCCGGGUCCUUUGGCGAGGCCCAGCUCGGCCUGGACACCCAGCAAUACGACCACUACGCCGAAUGGGCCAGCGUCGUCUUCCACCUGGGCGCCAAAGUCAACUACCUAGCAACAUACUCUGCGCACCGCAAAGACAACGUCCUCGGCACAGUCCACAUGCUCGAAUUCGCCACGCACAAGCGCACCAAGCCGGUCCACUACACCUCCACAAUCGCCGCCUACGGUCCAACGGGCCACGUCCUAGGCACAAAGUUCCUCCCUGAAGACGAACGCCCCGCGUCUCAUAUCGCAUCCCUCCACUACGAUACGGGCUACGCGCAGAGCCAGUUCGUUGCCGAGACCAUCGCCUGGCGCGCAAUCGACACCGGCAUUCCUGUCACCAUUUACAGGCCCGGGUUCGUCCUGGGCAAUAGUCGCUCGGGCGUCUGUAACCCGGACGACUUUAUCAGCCGCCUAUUCGCUAGCUGCAUGGAGAUGGGCGCGUACCCGAUUCUCCCGCGGCAGCGUAAGGAGUUUGUCCCGGUGGACUUUGUUGUUGAUGCACUCCUGCACAUCUCCUCUAGCGCGUGCACAAGCGCCGGGCAGCACCUCGGGCACGCGCUCAACCUCGUCCACCCGGACCCCGCGAGCGCCAUUGACGUCUGUGCGGCGUUUGCGCUUCUAAACCGCAUCAGCCCGUACCGGGACCCCAUGCGUGGUAUCCCCUAUACAGAGUGGGUGCGGUCGCUAUCCCUACGGCUGGAAGACCCCUUGUACCCGCUUGUGCCGAUGCUGAGGGAGAAGGUACUGGGCGACAGGACGCGAUGGGAAGUGUACGAGGACAUGGCCGAGUAUGGGCGGGGGAACUUGCAGCGUGCUCUGCGGGCGGCUCCGGAAAUUGUACGGGGCUGCGGGUCUAUGGAGCGGCUGUUUGAGCGCUGUUUGGGGAGUUGGUUGGGGUUGCUGAAUGAUAAGUAG